AUGGUUGAGGAUAAGGAAGAUAGUAUCGAAGAGGAGGAAGGAACAGAGCUGGAGCUGGAAGCUCUAUACAGAAGAUACUGCGUCAGAUUGAAACAUUCUCUCUUCGUGUCGGCGUUAUGCGUGACGUUGCUCUGUUGUGCUGCAUUACUCUGUGCUGUUUGUGUACUGCAUUCGCAUGAAAUGUCGUCACAGGUGAAGGCCGUCACAACACUGUCAGUGGUGACGUCUUGUCUAGCAAUCGUGCUGGCGAUGGCUCUCUUACCAGCAGCCGCCGAGUGGGAGGCACUGGCCCUAACUGGUUCAAUACUGGUGACGCUAUGCCUUGGAACCGGCACGCUAAUGGCGACACAUCACGCGCCGUUGCCGCUGUUCGCUCUUAUACUGAUGGUCCACACAAUGAUGCCUAUAGCGCGCGCUAUCGCUCUAGCCAUGUCUGCAGCUUUGACCCUGGCUUAUAUGGGUCUCGCUAUAGGAUUAGGACCUGAGGGCGAGGAAGUGCAGUUUUAUCGGCAGCUCGUCUGUGAACUGGCUCUUCUUCUGUCAGCGAGCGGGAUAGGCCUUUACUAUCGUGUGCUUACGGAGCGGGCUCACCGGAACACGUUCGCCGGGACAAGAACAUGUCUCGAGCAGCGUGUUAAGCUGGAAUGCGAGCGAGAACAGCAGGAGCGACUUUUGCUGUCUGUCAUCCCGGCUUACAUAGCCGCUGAGGUAAGGUUUCACAGAUAA